AUGGAAAAAAAGAACAAACUAAAUUUAUAAUUCUAAACAGUUUCUGAAAAUUAAAAAAGAACUGAAGAAAGUGUUGAUAUUGAUUUAUUAAAUAGAUUUAAAGAAUUAACAUUAGAAAAAUCUUAAUGUUAUACUGAAUAUGUUAGUUAGGAUAAAAAGAUAAUAAAAAUAAUGUAAAAAAAUGUUGAUUUUAAACUUGAAGACUUCGAAAUAUUAAAUGAACUUGGAAAAGGAACAUCAGGUAAAGUUAGUAAAGAAAUAAAAUUAAAUAAUGAUGAACAUUUCUAAAAAUAAUUAAUAUGGGAAAUUAAAACUCUUUUUUCUUGCAAUUCAUAAUAUAUAGUAUAAUAUUAUUGUGCUUUUUAUUAUGAAGGAACUUUGAAUAUUAUAUUAGAAUAUAUGGAUUAAGGUACUCUCGAUUCUAUUCUUAAAAAAGCCGGAAAAGUUAAUGAGACAAUUAUUAAAUAUGUUACUUAUUAAAUUCUUAAAGGAAUUUAAUAUUUACACAAAGAACUAAAAAUUAUACAUAGAGAUAUUAAACCCGGUAAUGUUCUUGUUAAUUCUUAAGGAGAAAUCAAAAUUUCAGAUUUAGGCAUCUGUGGGUAAGUAAAUGGUACUUUAGAUUAAAAAAAUACUUUCGUUGGCACUACUAUUUAUAUGAGUCCUGAAAGAUUAGCUGGUGAAAGUUAUACUAUUAAAACUGAUAUUUGGAGUCUAGGACUUCUUUUGAUUGAAAUUUCAGAAGCUAAACAUCCUAUAGAUAUUAAUUAGACUCUGAUUUUGUGA